ACAGCUGAGGUCACAGAGUGUUGAGAGGGAGGGGAGGUCAGAUGUGGGGAGCAGAGCAUUCCUGCAAGAUGAGGCUCAAGGAGGGGGAAAUCUAGAAGAGGUGGGGCAGAGUGUGAUUUGGAUAGCCAGGCAGUACCUGGAGCUCUCUGUCUUCAGCUCCAGGAUCCUUGGUUCUUGUACAAGAGCAAAUGGCAGAGCUUGCUUACCAAGAUCAAAACCAAGAGGCAGAAAUGGCAUCCAUGGAGCAGAGAAGCACAUCCAUUGAAAAGACAAUCAUACCACAGGAAAGAGAUAUAAGGAUCUCAGAAACCCUGUGGGACCAGGUACUGACAGCUUUUAAAGAUAUACAAAAUGAGCUGCAGGAAGAUGCCCGGAUUCGAGAAAAAUAUCCAAAAUAUCCAGGAACCCAGAGUUAUAAUCAAAAUCAUAUUUGGAGCUUCUCCCUCCAUUCAUCCAAGAAAGAAGGUGAGGGAGGAAAGCAAAAUUCAGGAAUGAGCAACCGCUCCGUGACAUUCAUAUCAUCCUCAUCAAAGACUGGAAACACCAGGCUUCCAGAUUUCGCUACACCCACAAAGAUUAGAUCAGAGUUCAGCACUGGAAUGAAGCCAUCGAGAACCCCUUCCCACAACCUGAAGAUACAGGACUCCGGCCAAUCAGCUUACCACCCUGGACCCUGACUUUACCAUCAAAGAACAAGGACUCCUCUGCUCCCAUCAGAACUCAGCUCAGUUGGCUGAAAAAGAGAAGAUAUUAGAUAAACAUCACUGGACCAAGAAGAGAGAUUUGUGACUGUGGGCAGACCUGCCACAGCUUAUGGUUGUAACCAGGAACUUGGAAAUCAAGUGAGACCCAAGCACAUCCCAAUUGCCAAACAAAGGAGCCCGCAAAUAACAACUGAGGAAAUAAAUGUGACAUAAAAAAUUGA